AUGGGUAGCUCGAACGAGUACUCCGUCUCGCUCGAUGAGCUGAAAACGCUCAUGGAGUUUAGGGGACCGGAGGCAAAGGAGAAGAUAGACCAAGAUUACGGCGGGUUAAAUGGUCUCUGUAAACGAUUGAACACGGACCCUAACUUCGGGCUGCCCAACACUGAUGCAGAGUUGACCAAGCGGCGAGCAGUAUACGGCGCUAAUGAAAUACCGCCACACCCUCCUAAAUGUUUUCUUCAGCUCGUUUGGGAAGCAUUACAGGAUGUGACGUUGAUAAUUCUACUCGUAUCAGCCAUCGUAUCGCUCGCACUUUCAUUUUAUCGGCCACCAGAAGAAGGAGAUGGCGCCAACGACGACUCCGAGCACGAAGCCGGCUGGAUCGAAGGCGUUGCCAUCUUGUUAUCGGUUAUCGUUGUUGUGCUCGUCACAGCCUUGAACGAUUACACCAAGGAGCGGCAGUUCCGAGGCCUUCAAGCCAAGAUUGAGACCGAGCACAAAUUCUCGGUGAUCCGUGGUGGAGACUCGAUCCAGAUUGUCGUUAACGAACUCGUUGUUGGAGAUAUUGCUCAAAUCAAAUACGGUGAUCUUUUGCCCGCUGACGGACUUCUUAUCCAAGCAAAUGACUUAAAAAUUGACGAAUCCUCGCUGACCGGUGAAUCUGAUCAGAUCAAGAAGACUGUGGAGCAUGACCCGGUUCUGCUCUCUGGCACGCACGUUAUGGAGGGGUCGGGCAAGAUGCUCGUCACCGCCGUCGGUGUCAGCUCCCAGACCGGUAUCAUCAUGUCGCUGCUCGGCGCCGUGGCCCAAGAACAACGGAAAACGGCCAAGCGCGACGGCGGCAACCACUCGGAUGUAGCCCUGGAGGACAGCACACGCGAUCCUCUGAUCGAAGAGAAAAUCGAGGCCAAUGGCGAGGUCAAGUCACCAAUUCCUCCCCCAGAAGAAGGCAAGAAGGAUCGUUCCGUGUUGCAAGCCAAGCUGACCCGACUGGCCAUCCAAAUCGGAUAUGCUGGCUCGUUCGUCGCCGGAUGCACCGUCCUCAUCCUGGUCAUCCGUUUCUGCAUCUACAAGUACGCCAUCGAGGAGAAAAGCUUCGAAGUGGCGGACUUCAAGUACUUCAUCAACUUCUUGAUCAUCGGCGUUACCGUGCUUGUCGUGGCCGUCCCGGAAGGUCUCCCACUCGCCGUCACCCUGUCCCUUGCGUAUUCCGUCAAGAAAAUGAUGCACGACAACAAUCUGGUGCGCCAUUUGGACGCUUGUGAGACGAUGGGUAACGCCACGGCAAUUUGCUCUGACAAGACCGGAACCCUGACCACCAAUCGGAUGACCGUCGUCCAGUCGUACAUCAACGAGCAGCACUUCAAGGAGACCCCGAAGCCGGAGGCUGUGGACAAAAACACGCUUGAUCUCCUUCUGAACUGCAUCGCGAUCAACAGCGCCUAUUCCACUCAGGUGAUCCCACCGAAGCUACCCGGUGAGCAGGCCACUCAACUCGGCAACAAGACCGAAUGCGGUCUGCUCGGAUUCGUCCUCGGUUUUGGCCGCUCAUAUCAGGAGAUCCGUGAUCGCAACCCGGAGGAGGGAAUCUUCAAGGUCUACACGUUCAACUCCGUCCGCAAGAGCAUGUCCACCGUCAUCAAGCACAACAGCGGAUUCCGCGUCUUUUCCAAGGGAGCCUCGGAGAUUAUCACCAAGCGCUGCACCCACUUCCUCGGGCCCAACGGCAAGCUGCAAAAGUUCACCGAAAAAGAUGCCGAGCGGCUGGUCCGCGAGGUCAUUGAGCCGAUGGCUUCCGAUGGGCUGCGCACGAUCUGUUUGGCAUACAAGGAUUAUGUGCCCGCUGGCCAAUCUCACGCCGACAAUGACAUCGUCUACCACGCCGAACCCGACUGGGAGAAUGAGGCCGAGAUCACGGAGAACCUGACGGCCAUCGCCAUUGUGGGAAUCCAAGAUCCUGUCCGACCGGAGGUGCCCGAAGCCAUUGCUCGUUGCCAGCGUGCCGGAAUCACCGUGCGCAUGGUCACUGGUGACAACGUCAACACUGCGCGCUCCAUCGCUACCGCUUGCGGCAUCCUGAAGCCUGGCGAGGACUUCCUGGCGCUUGAGGGCAAGGAAUUCAACGCAAGAAUCCGUGACGCAAACGGCGAGGUCUCCCAGGAGAAGCUCGAUCAGAUCUGGCCCAAGCUUCGUGUGCUCGCUCGUGCCCAACCCUCCGACAAAUACGUUCUCGUCAAGGGCAUCAUCGACUCGAAGGUUACGGACUCUCGCGAGGUCGUGGCUGUCACCGGUGACGGCACCAACGAUGGCCCUGCCCUAAAGAAGGCCGAUGUCGGCUUUGCUAUGGGUAUUGCUGGUACGGACGUGGCCAAGGAGGCUUCCGACAUCAUUUUGACCGAUGAUAACUUCACGUCCAUCGUCAAGGCUGUGAUGUGGGGCCGUAACGUGUACGACUCCAUCGCCAAGUUCCUGCAGUUCCAGCUGACUGUCAACGUUGUGGCUGUGGUCGUCGCUUUUGUCGGUGCUUGCGCCAUCCAGGAUACCCCGCUCAAGGCUGUCCAGAUGUUGUGGGUCAACUUGAUCAUGGACACCCUCGCCUCUCUGGCCCUUGCCACUGAAAUGCCAACGGAAGAACUUCUAAAGCGCCGCCCCUACGGUCGGACCUCACCACUGAUCUCGCGCACGAUGAGCAAGAACAUCCUUGGACACGCCGUCUACCAGUUGACCGUCCUGUUCACCCUGAUCUUCGCCGGCGACUACAUCUUCGAGAUCAAGUCGGGCCGCCGUGCUGAACUCCAUUCCGAGCCCACCCAACACUUCACCAUCGUCUUCAACACGUUCGUGAUGAUGACCCUGUUCAACGAGAUCAACGCCAGGAAGAUCCACGGCGAGCGCAACAUCUUUGUGGGCCUCUUCAGCAACCCUAUCUACUACGUCAUCUGGAUCGGCACGUUUAUCUCGCAGAUCCUGAUCGUGCAGUACGGUGGUCGCUGGUUCAGCUGCCACGCGUUGACUGUCGAGCAGUGGUUGUGGUGCUUGGCACUCGGCGUCGGCGUCUUGCUCUGGGGACAGGUGAUCACCUCGAUCCCGACUGACUCGCUGCCGGCCACGAUGACCAUUGGUGGCGGUGAGCCGGCUGACGACGGCCCGCUGUUGCCGGGAGACUAUGAAGACCCGGACACGCACGAGAAGCGCUCCGGCCAAAUUCUGUGGAUCCGUGGUCUGACAAGGUUGCAGACCCAGUUGCGCGUCGUCAAGGCGUUCAGAAGCAACCUCGAAGAGUUCGACGAGCGCCGUUCGAUCGCCUCCACGCACUCCGUACAGUCGAUGCGCGGAUGGGGACGUAUGGGAGCCACGUCACCCGAUCCCAAUGGAACCCGUGCUGCCGUUGCGGCCCUUUCACAUCGGGCUUCUCCACAGCCGUAUCCAUACUAUCACCACCAGCAACCGCGCACUCCGUCACCACAGCCGCAGAUCGUGCUCGAGAACGGCGGGAACCCGAUCGAAAAAGUGCCACUGGUGCAAAAGUGGAGCCCAGCGCACGGUGCAUCGUCCAGAAUCUCGAAGAGCAUGUCCCUCGACACUCCGGUCUCCGUCGCACACGUU